CUGUCCUGGACCAUUGGAGGCGCUGUCCUGGACCACUGGAGGCGCUGGUCCGGACGGUCCGGACCACUAGCUACACUGUCCCGGACCACUAGCUACACUGUCCUGGACCACUAGCUACACUGUCCUGGACCACUAGCUACACUGUCCUGGACCACUAGCUACAGGACAGUACAGUUUCGGUUCUAACCGCUACUGCAACUGGGCGUGACAUUGAGAACUCCUUAGUAUCGCUGUCGGAUGCUCAACUGUAGUAGCGCUAUUGCGGUGUGCGCAGUGGGACAGAAAGUGAAAGAAGAGAUCUACCAUUUAGAUGGCUGAGGAUUCGUUUCCUCUUAGCAAAAGCCGCAAAACGGAAAUAGAUUUGCAAUGGUUAUGGUGCACAUGACUUUGUUAUAUUUUUGGCAAAACAUAACCUGAUACUUGGAUUAUAGGCGACUUGAACCGGCGGUGCCUCAGACGUUUGCGGACGGGCCGGACAGAUAUGUGUCCCGCGCUCUUCUUCAUCGUGGUCUGUUUAUUCGUACCCUGCACGAGCGAAGGCCGUGAAGACUUCUGCCCACAACCACCGAAGAAGAAUCAUACUAAGCCAUUGCGGGCAGACUGCUUGGCUAACGGAAAGGAAAGUUGCAGGGUGAACGAUACUCGUCGAUACAUCUGUGAAGAGGGCUACGUGAGGAAAGCAGGAACAUCUGGACUCAUCAAAUGCAAACUUGUUAAUCAUCGGUUGGUGUGGGAAGAAGCCAAGUCCAGCAUCCAGUGCAUAUGUAAAGGCACUACAUAUGCCAUCUGUCCAGCAGAUUCAACUCAGACUCCCACAAUGCCCCCUGCUGAGUGUCCAGAAAGAAAUCAGCCUAAAUCAACACAGGGGUCCAUAUUGGCACUUGAUGAUUCUCCACCCUCCCAGACAACUCCAACUCCCACAAUGCAUCUCUCAGAGCCCACAAUCACUAUGAAAGCGGGUCCCCAGACAUUUCCCACCAUGCCUUCUUCAGAGGCCACAUUGGCAUCUGAAACUGGUCCACUAUUCCUGACAACUUCAGUGCCCACAGAGACAUUGAGGACAGAGGCAACACCUGCCAUGUUACCCAGUCACACUGUAGCUCAGACACAGGCCCUGGCGACAGAGUUCAAACCCCCAGACUGUUCAGAAGGUUGUGGGGCCACAACAGCGCUGGGAGAGACCCUCACUCCAGAGUCUGGCACUGCUGUCACUCCAGCUAGGAUUCUCUCCACCAAAGAAAAGAUCACCAUUGGUGCAACCGGAGGGCUUUUCAUAAUGAUAGUGGCUGCCGUUGGAAUUGGAAUCCGUCUGAACCAUAACCGAGGUUUUUACUUCAGGGCACGACGGGAGGAGCCAAUGAGCAUGGACAACACACGGGACAUUCCAACCACGUUCACAACCACACCCUGAGAACCAUAGCUCCUGGAAGAGCAACCCAAAGAGGAAAUGGAGGACACAUCACACCUUUCUCUGUGGUGGACUUGAAACUUUGGAACGAACUUUGUGAGGGGCAUUGAAACAAACUGAAUAUACAUUUUUAUAUCUAUUUUUAAAAAUAUAUAUAGAUUUCUAAACAGAAUAAACAUUGAAACGUGGAACAACUUUUUCUUUGAAAAAUGUCCACGUGUGUAAAGGCCCAAGCCAGGGGCGCAGUAAGGGUUGUGUCUCAGGAGGGGCGGAAACUGAUUGGUGGCCCCCCUUGUUAUUAACAUUUUGCAGUGCAAUAAAAUAUAA